AUGACAGAUAUUAUUGAUAGAAUAGUAGUUGCCAUAAGAAAAAGGCCUCUAUCUUAGAAGGAAAUUCUUAAAAAGGAGGAAGACAUAAUUAUUGUGCAAAACGAUAACAGUGUGAUCGUUAAAGAAAUUAAAUAAAAAGUCGACCUCACCAAAUAUAUUGAAGAACAUUAGUUUAAUUUUGAUCUUACUUUCAAUCAAAAUCAUUCGAAUGAAUAAGUUUACAUCAAUGCUGUUAGACCAAUAAUUCGUGCAGCCUUUCAAAGAGCCAAAGUGACUUGUUUUGCAUAUGGAUAGACAGGAAGUGGUAAGACUUAUACAAUGAUUGGGGAUAUUGAGAGAUAAGUCCCUGGGAUGUAUUUAUUGGCUGGACAAGACAUAUUUUAAAUAAUUGAAAUGGAAGAAUAUACACAUCUUUAAGUGUAUGUUUCCUUUUUUGAGAUUUAUUGUGGGAAAUUAUAUGAUUUAUUGUCUCAACGGAAUUAGAUCUAAAUAAGGGAAGAUGCAAAAGGGAAUGUGAAUAUGAUAAAUCUGAUGGAGAAAAAGAUAAAUUCAGUAUAAUAACUAAUGCAUUUCAUUUAAUUGGGGUAGAAUGUUAGAAUAACAGCAUCAAAUAGUUCGAAUUCGGAAUCAUCAAGAUCUCAUGCCAUAUUAUAAGUGAUAUUAAAAUCAGGAAAAACUCUUCAUGGAAAGAUGUCAUUUAUUGAUUUGGCAGGCAGUGAAAGAGGGGCUGAUGUCUAAGAUUAAAACAAAUAAACAAGAAUAGAUGGGGCUGAAAUAAAUAAGUCUUUGUUGGCAUUAAAAGAAUGCAUUAGAGCUUUGGAUUUGAAUAAAAAUCAUACACCAUUCAGAGGAUCAAAAUUAACCUUGGUAUUAAAAGAUAGUUUGACUGGUAAUUGUAAGACAGUAAUGAUUGGAAACAUUUCCCCUAGUUCCUAAAGCAGUGAGCAUACUCUUAAUACUUUAAGAUAUGCUGAUAGAGUGAAAGAGUUAAAAAAACCUGAAAAUAGAUUUAGUCAAGGGGAUUUAAUGUAAAGAGAGUUAAUGUUGGCAAGACAAACAAAAAACGUUACAAGAAAAUAGUUUAAUGAGGAAGAGGACUAAGAAAAUGUAAGAAGCUUUAGUCCAAUUUCCAAUAUCAAAAGAUAAUCCUUAUAACCGUUGCACUAAUCCACUUAAAUGUAUAACAAUCAGAAUUUCAAUUAAUAAAAAGAGAUAAGAAAGAGUGAUAUAUCUUCUGUUAUCCAUAAGUUUAAUCUUUCUUCCAUUCCAUAAAUAAAUGUAAAUUUCAAUAACACUUAAUAACUUAAUCAAUCUAAUUACUUUCCUACUCAUUAGAGAAUAAAUUCUGCAACUAGUUACUAGAAUGAUUAUGAUCAUUUUAAUAAUAGUUAGAGCAAUUUAUUCUUAAAGACUUAAAAUCCUACUUAAUAAAACAAUCAACUAUUUUAAUAGCAUUCAUUUAAUCAAACUAGUACCUAUAGUGAUUUAUUCAGUGAAUCCCCAUAUCACUCCUAGUAGGAACAAGGAUUUCGAUAAUUAAAUCAAUAGGCUGUAUAACAAAGUUAGGAAUUAGAAGAGGAGUUUGAUUAUUCAAUCCCUUAAAAAUCAUAGAGACAAGGGCAAAGCAAUUGUUCUUAGAUUGUUUAAGACCAUAAAAAUUUGAUAGAUAAGAUUAUUGAGAUUUCGAAAUUGGAAAUGAAAGAAAUUACUAUGUAUGAGAAUUAGAAUGACAUGCAAUCCUAUUUAUAAACAAUAUCUUAAUAAUUACAAUAAAAGGUUGAUUUGAUUCAAGAAUUCCAGCAGAAAGUUUAUGAAGUACAAUAACAAAGUCAACAUUGGACAUUCCAACCUAAUGACAGCUAAAAUAGAGAUGAAUUAUUUCUAUAUACUAAUUACUGA